AUGAGAUUUACCUUGCUUGCAUCUAUGGCCCUCCUGGGUCUUGCCCUGGCUGCUGCAACGGAGCCCAACACCGACGACAACGGUAGUACCAAGGUCACUGAUGGCACUCUUGAUGUGAAUUAUUGUGGCGAACGUUGCGAAUACGACUGGGAAUGUCGUCGCGGAAACCGCUGCCACGAAUGCCGAAAGCAGCACCAUGAGCGCUAUGGCCGCUGCCGCGAGCGAUAUGACUGA